AUGUUUGGGAGACCGGGCAAAUCCCCUCAUCUUAGUCUGAUGGGGAAGGGUGCGUCGAGAGAGGAGCUCGAGCUGGCCUCUACCUUUCUGAGAGUGAGCGCCAUCAGGAAGCUGGACGAGCAAGCCCAAACCGUGCUCAACACGGCUGGGCUUGAGCUCGCCCAGAGCAGGUAUCCCAGCAACCACAAGAUCAAGAGGUCAACCCCGUGGUACGAGAGGGCGCUUGCCGCGUUGGUCUGUUUUUGCCCAGACAUCCGAAGUCUUCGCUUUUGGGAGCCUGUCCCGAGUUGUGGAUGGCGGGAGUCGAGAAGCGUUGCGUUUGAUAUAGACGGCUUUGAACGCAUCAUUCGCAAUUUCCGAGAACAUGCUACAACAAAGGGGAAUAUGUUCCAGUUCCUGGAAGCUGCGUCUGUCUUGUCCUCCAGACAGAAGCUCCAGCCCAACGAGGCCUUCUCCGUCUGGUCCUCUCCCAGCCUGACUGGGUUCCAAGCCCUUGGGUUCCUGAGCAUGAAGGAUUGGCAUCGUUUGCCCGUGUUCGACUGCAGCUCGACCUUGACCCACCUGGACAUCGGCCACCUCUACCCACAGCAGUUCCACGGUCGAUGGACCAACUUCGACCGACCAAGUACAGCUCGCGCCCUCGCCGCCUCUGACUUCAGGAAGAUGCUGUCAACCUUCACGAAGCUCAAGUUCCUUCGGGUUUCCCAUGCUCUUUUCACCAGCCAUAUCGGAGUUGCGACCAUGAAGUUUGGAGACUUGUUGACGGAGCUCCUUCCGUCAUCCAUCGAACAUUUCGAGGUAGCGGUCUUCAACCACGGCCAAGAUGCUUGGGUUGAAGACUGGAACAUUGAUAAUUUGGUUAUGGCCUUCUUCAAGGGCCUUGGAUUAUGGAACUCGGAACUCCAAGAGCAAGAAUACCGGGGCAAUGUCAGCGUCUCAUACCCGCAUCUUCGCAAGUUCGGCAUAAUGGUCCACAACAAAGGAAACAAUGUCGACUUGGCCGAGUUCUGGAAGGAUCGGCGACGCAUCAAUUACGAGAGGCUUUGGGAAUGGCUCUUUUAUGGAGAGAACUUCUUGCGUUGGCACAAUUUCUACUACCAGUGGGCUCAUGAGUACAGCCUUCCUGAAGAGUUCAGAGAACAGGAGGAGCUUUCGGACGACGGGCUUCCUGCCGAUGAAGUCGAAGACGAGGAUGAGCAGGACGUUUCUUCAGACGCCGUCAAGAAUGGGUAUCGUCAGCGAGGAACCCUAGAAGCCCUCCAUAGCCACAUGGAGGAAAUGCGUGUGAGCUUUCAGGUCUCCACCUUCCAAGCCCAAGCGAGUUAUGAUGGUCCAGAGAGUUUUCUUUAUGACGAGGACAAAGUGAUCCAGCUCUUACCUUGGACCCCCAGGGGUAAUCUCAGAGCAAUGUACGGCGAUUGA